GAUAGUCAUAUCGCCACCAGGAACAAUCAGUGCGGUUCCAAUGUCGUUCAAAAGUAUUGUUCGGGAGCUGAAAGAGAUGAGAGAUGGGAUUGGGAACUUGUCGCGGAAACGGAUAGAAGGGAAGCAUUCACACAGCCGCACUAGAUCGCACAUCAACUCUGACGGUCGUACCAAAUUGCACGUCAGCUCUAAUGGUUCUUGUUUUCCUGCUGAAUCCCUUCAACAGAGCCGUUGGGCGAACCUGCCGCCGGAGCUGCUUCUGGAUGUCAUUCAGAGGCUAGAGGCGAGCGAGACAACGUGGCCUGCGCGGAGGCAUGUGGUUGCUUGUGCCUCUGUUUGCAGGUCAUGGAGAGAGAUUACAAAAGAGGUUGUGAAGACACCAGAAAAAAGUGGGAGGCUCACAUUUCCUAUAUCUUUGAAACAGCCGGGCCCGCGUGAUUCUCCGAUGCAGUGCUUCAUAAGAAGGGAGAGAGCAACUUCUACAUAUCGGUUGUAUCUUGGUCUGACCCCUGCUAUGUUGGGGGAGAAUGGAAAAUUGUUGUUUGCAGCAAGGAAGACCAGAAGGGCAACAAGCACAGAUUUUGUGAUAUCCUUGGAUGCAAAUGAUUUCUCCCGUGCAAGCAAUACAUAUGUUGGAAAACUGAGGUCAAAUUUUUUAGGGACCAGGUUCACCGUUUAUGAUAGCCAGCCACCAUAUGACGCUGCAGGCCAAUUAAAUAGCAGGCCCAAUCGAAGAAUUCAUGCUAAGCAAGUGUCACCAAGAGUCCCUGCUGGUAACUAUGGUGUAGCCACAAUCUCCUACGAGCUUAAUGUUCUUCGCACUAGAGGCCCAAGGAGGAUGCAAUGCUCCAUGCAUUCCAUCCCUGUUUCUGCAAUUCAAGAAGGGGGAUCUGCUCCAACACCAACUGAAUUCCCACACUCCCUUGAGGAGCCAUUUUCUUUCUUAUCGGUUUCUAAACCCAAGGAUCCAGUUGUUGAUUUCAGCUCAAUGAGCCUUUCAGAGCAACCCUCUUUAGUCCAUGGUACAGGGGAACCACUUGUUCUAAAGAACAAAGCGCCUAGAUGGCACGAGCAGCUGCAGUGUUGGUGCCUAAAUUUUAGGGGACGUGUUACUGUGGCCUCAGUUAAGAACUUCCAGCUUGUGGCAGCUGUAGAGCCUUCUCACCAAGUUUCAGUGGCAGAGCAAGAAAAGGUAAUGCUGCAGUUUGGAAAGAUAGGCAAGGAUAUAUUUACCAUGGAUUACCGUUAUCCACUCUCUGCCUUCCAAGCCUUUGCAAUCUGCCUUAGCAGCUUUGACACCAAACCAGCCUGUGAAUGACAUCCUUUUCUGUUACUGAUCCUUGUUAUGGCUCAUUUCCAUAGAAAGUCAGUUGUAAAUAUUUUCAAAUGAAGGCUCAUUAAUAUCUCCUGUUAAUCAUCACUGAGUCUCUUAGCUGUGCAUGAAUUAGUUGACCUGUUGGUGGGAGAGUGCCCACAAAGCAAGCCUUCUAAGCUUCAGUCCUAUUUAAUCUGUGGAUGGGAGUUAUACUGUAAUGCUCUUUCUGAAGUUUUGUACUCUAUCACUACCAAAUUAUUUGAUAUUUAAUUUUGCAUAAAUUUGGUUA